AUGACUUUAUUGAUAGUGAAAAAUUAUGCAGCCAUUGACCCAGCCCUUAGUAGAACGAUCGAGGGGUCCAAAAUCACAAUCCCUGUUUUCUCCAGUGGCGAUGCCCCAAGCAAAUGGUGUCUCCAGGAACUUUCUCUGAUACAUGAUUGCUGCAAAACAAAUGGUCAAAUUGCCUUACCCAUAUUCUUGGACGUCGAGCCGUCGUAUGUUCGGAACCAAACUGGAAGUUUUGAAGGACCCUUUCAGGAACAUAAGAGGCAGUUUAUGCCCCAAAUCGUGGAGAAUUGGAGGGAAGCUUUGAGGGUGAUAUGGAGUCUAAAGGGAUCGAUUCUCAACAAAGACACAAAUGGGCCUUCUCCUACAGAACCAAGUAAUGGCGAAAUCUUGCAACUAUUAGGACAUAAGGGAACUGACAAGAUAAAAGGCAUGAUCCUUCCAACCGGGUUACAAAGUGUUCCAUUAGCUAGUGAACACUUUGAGAUGAAGUCCAAUCUAAGAUUUCUUGAUAUUAAUUCAGUACACUUCAAGGGUGAUUUUCCGCUCCUUCCUUUAACAUUAAACUGGUUCAGAUGGAAGUGUUGUCCUUUGGGUAUUCUACCAGCGAAUUUUUAUCAUAAGAGACUGGUUAAUCUUGACCUAUCGGGUAGCAUGAUUGAAGAAGCUUGGAAUAUCAGGUCUCAAAAUGAAAAUAAGCGGUUCCAAAAUCUGAAAGUUCUCGUUCUUAGUGAUUGCACAUAUCUAGCUGAGUCCCCAGGCUCUUCAUGGUUUCCUCACUUGGAACAAUUAGAUCUUGGAAACUGCAGAUCCUUGGAGAAGUUAAACGAGUCCAUCGGGCAGUUUAGUCAACUCAAAAAUCUUAAUCUUAAGUGUUGUGACUCACUCAAAAAGUUGCCGGAUUCCAUUGGUGAACUAAAAUCUCUAGUCCAGCUUGACUUGUCGUGGUUAAAAAUUGAAGAACUCCCAAACAGUAUUUCCAGGUUGAGCUCUCUUGAAGAACUUAGUCUCGAAGGAUGCAGUUCACUCAAGAGUUUGCCCGAGUCAAUCGGUGAUCUAAAAUCUUUGGUUGAGCUUAAAUUGACUAAUGUUUCAAAAAUUAAGGAAUUGCCGGAUGGUGUUGGAUUAUUAGAGAAGCUUAUGGUAUUAGAUGCUUAUGGUUGCUAUAAACUAGUGAAGCUACCAAGAUCAAUGGGGAGAAUGAGAUGCUUGCAUAGCAUUAGCUUAGAAGGAGACAAUAUUUCAAACAUUCCUGAUGAUUUUUCAAUGCUCUCAAAUUUAUUCAAGUUGAAAAUGUCUACAAGGCUUAAAUCCCUCCCGACAGAUCUGUCACACUUGAAAUAUUUGAAGCAAUUAAACCUUUUUAAGUGUGCGAAGUUGGAAUACCUCCCAGAGCUUCCCUUAAGUUUAGUUGAACUUCAUUGUGAAGAUUGCUUUUCCUUGGUACGACUACCGGAUUUGUCAAGGCUGAAAGUUUUGGCGAUAUUAUGUCUUGAAGGUUGUAUAAAGCUGGAGGAGAUUCGAGGUGUUGAGGGUGUACUAUCUUUCGUAGAACUCAAUGCCCGAGGAUGCCAUAACUUGACCAUAACUCCAAGGAAAAUACUUGGCCAGGGAACACUAUUACCUGACAGGCCACCAUUGGGAAGUUUUUCCUUGAGUGCUAUUGAUGGGAUCUAUAAAAAGCUCUUUAUUCUGUGCCUUGUUUUGGAAUUACCCUCUGACUUCAGGUCGCAAACCAUCUAUUGUGAUAUUUCUGCUUCUGUCCGCCAAAAAGAUAAAACAACCAGCUCUGUUCAUACACUGAGAAUUGAGGAUGUUGAGUUCACUACUCAUCGAAAUAUAAUCUACCUUCACCAUUUCAAAGGCUUUGACUGGUUUGGAAUUCCAUUACAAGGAAAAGAUGCUAUUGAGAAUAUAUAUUUGUUCAUCAAUCUGAGUUACAUUACCAGCUUUCUUUGGAUAGCGAUGUGUUAAGACCCUAUUAUAGAGUAAAAUACUGGAAGCUUCUGUUUGAGAACAGGGAUCUAUACCAGCAAAAGCCUAAUCGACAUUCGAUUGCCAUGAUGGUAGCAGAAUUCUUCAUUUGGUCAUUCGAGAAUGGGGAACUUGACCAGAAAAAUCCUAAUCUACAAUCGAGUGCCAUGAUGGCAGCAGAUUUCUCCAAUUGGUCAUUCGAGAAAAGGGGACAUGAACAGAAAAUGCUUAAUCAACAUUCAAGUGCCAUGAUGAUAGCAGAUUUCUUCAAUUGCUCAUAUGUCAACGUUAAUGGUGGAGGACCUUCACUUAAACUGAGCAAUAUUGGGGUUAGAGCAUCCAGCAAUGUUCAUGAGGAGGUAGAGUUGAUGGCUAUUGAAGACAAGGAUGAGGCAGGUCCUUCUCGAGUUGAAGAAGGGUUAUUGAGGGCUACUGCGAGACCACUUCUCGACCAGGAUGAUGAGGCAACUUGUCCAUCUCCCAUUGAAAAGACAGAGCCAGAGACAGAGUCGAGGACUAAUGGGAGUCAUUUCCUUGACAAUGAGGAUGAGGCGCUGUUGACUGCUAUUGGGAGAAUUGUUCUUGAAAAUGAGGAGGAAGAGGGAGUCUUGAGGGCUAUGGAGAGACUUUUUCUUGGUAAGGAUGAUGAGAUAGCUGUUGAUUCUGAGCCAACACGAAUUAAAGCAGCUGUUGGAGGUCGACAACAAUUCUCUUACCAA